AUGGAUAACUUAGAGGCCCCUACAAAGACAAAACUAACUAUUAUGUCGUACAAUGUCCAGAUGCUACCCAUUCCUUUGGACCAUCGGUUAAAUUUAUCGAAGAGACAAGAUGCGAUAAUUGACUACAUAUGCUCCCUGGACGAUCUGCACAACAUAGAUAUCCUUGUCCUAAACGAAGUGUUCACAAAGAACUGUUAUGACAUGCUUACCAAAGGAAAGAUGAAGGAUAAAUUUCCAUACCAUACUGCUGUGAUUGGCACCAAGUGUCAGGAGUCUGGGAGGGGAAGCACCUCCAUCGUGGAGGUCGAAGAAGACGGAAUUUCGGGCACCAGUACCAAUGAGAGAACUGCAAACAAGAAGGCCGCUGGCGCGAGAGCCCCAGGCCCCAGUGACCUCAACAGUGAAGCCGUCAGCACGAAGUCACCGCCUCCCAAAGAGGAACCCUUGGAAGUUCCCACAUUAAGAGUAACCACUUCAAGAGAAGCCACCCGAAGGGAACAGGAAACGUCAUCCUUUAACACAAGUGACACAAACAGUAGCGACCAGGAGGAAGCAGAGGAGACGCUGAACCUGGAUUCCUGCGACACGGAGAAUGAGGGAGAUUCGGACUACAUUCUAUCGCUCAACUGCGGCCUUGAAAGGGAAAACAAAAUAGAAGGAAAGGCAAGCAGUCAAAAUUAUAAGGCGGUGGAGGAUAGCAAUGGGGUACCCAACCAGCGACGAAACGGGAGACGCUACGGGGGGGAUGACGCCACCAAAAGGGAAAGUACCAGCUGCGACGAAAAAGCACGGUGCAGUGAAACGGACGACGGAAUGGCUAUCCCUGAGAAAAGGCAGAAUCUGAGGGUUAAUCGCAGGGGGGCAGGUGGCGCAGACAAGCUUAUCCAGAAGUCGGGAAGUCUGCCAAGCAAUCCGUUGGAUACCCAAGGAACCCAUAAGGCUGGAAAUUCCGAACUCGUCACAGGAAUUUGCACUAGCGCCAAGGAAGCGAGCAAGAAGGAUGGUCUCGGGAAGGUCCCACAUGCGAAAGUAGAUGAGCGCAUUAACGAGGGCAGGAGUAGGAGGAACACAGCCUACUUUGAGAACAGCAACCGUGAUGGUAAGGUGAGCACAGAUGAUAGUAACGACGCUCAGGGAGCCUUCACAAACGAGUUUUGCGAUAUCGUCAGGAAGGCCAUAAUGAGCCCUUCUAGCAGUGUGAGCCGUGCAGAAAAUUUGAAAGGGAAAAAGUGGAAAGAUCAGAAAAAAAACAAAGAACAAAACAACCAGCAGAAUGUACCAAGCUUCGAUUCUGUGUCAGGAAAAUCAAAAUUCUAUCAAUUCCUAAACGGAGGUGUAAUGGUUCUGUCCAAGCACCCUUUUAUGCACAAACAUGCCUUGAUAUAUAGUAACUUUGUAUUUCCAGAGAUUUUCUGUACAAAAGGUGCCAUUUACGUAAAAGUUUGUCUUAAUAAGAAACCAGUGAAUGUGAUAGCGACCCACUUGCAAGCAGGAUAUGGAAGUUAUUGGCAGAAUUGCAGAUGGAGGCAAUUGAAUGAGUUGAGUAAUUGGGUGUAUAAUGGAACACCAAGUCUUCACAUAAAAAAAAGGGAGCCCCUUUUUUUUGUUGGCGAUUUUAAUAUUAGGUAUCAUCUAGAUAAAUUAUUCUUUGAUAGAGUACUGUCCAGUAGUUGCUUAAACAGCUCCGUGACGAAAAAGUCACUCCAGACGACUUUCGAUUCUUACCUGAACGACUACUGCAUGCAUAUGGAGCGUGAUUACUCCUUUAAAAAUAAGGACACGCUAGAUUACAUAUUGGUAAAUAACGACACCGAUGUGGAGACCCUCGUACCACAGACGGCCAUUCAGAAGAAGUACAGGCCAAUUCAUAUCAUAAAAUCGUGGUUGGGCCUUAUUCCUUACAGAUGUCUUUAUACUUAUCACCCCAGUGACCACUUUCCAAUAUAUGGCACUUUCUAUAUUCCGAAUUAG